CAGGUCGUAGGCCUUCUGUCCUUACUACACAAAUCGGAAUCCGAGUCGGAAUACGAAUCCACCAAUAGGAAUUAGGCAGCAAAAACUGGCAAACUCUUCAAAUCUUACUUACCUAGAGGAAAUUAAGCGUUAGCCUGAGUGGUUUCGUAGCUUUUUCUCGAAUGAGUUCUGUGAUUAAUAUUAUUCUCGUGGAGACUGAUAUUUAAAAUUAUGGAUGGAAACCCUAGUACUCUUUCCAUCUUAUCAGAUAAGUAUGUUUUCUUAAAUCCAAAUGAAGAUCAAUUCUUAUGUAUAAAAAAUUAUUUGGAUAUAGAAUUAGAUAAUGGACAAGGUGAAUGCUUUUUAGAAUUAGGUAUUGGAGAUGGACAAUGCCCUGGACUUACUCCACAAGAAAUGAAUCAGUCUGUAUGUACAGCUGAACGUCUUGCCGAUUCCUUAUCAUCACAUUUGAUUCAUUUGAGAGAUCGUUGGAUAACAGCUGGAUCACAAUCUUCGGCAACGACGACAACACAUUCAGGGUCAGGUGUAGACACAACAACAAGACCAUCCAGUGCUGAAAAUAGUCACAGCAGUCCACAUCGGCAUACUUUAAGCAGUUCGUCUGGAGAAGGCAAAACAAAAGGAAAUUCAGUGAACAUAGAUGAUGGGAGUCAAUCAAAACAAAGCAGUAAUUCGACUGAUGAUAAUAAAGAACUGUCUAGUCAAAAUAUAUCAGAAACAAAUGCAACUGAUAUUACUAGUACUAUUAGUAGUAGUAGUAGUGGCAGCAAUAGUAGUUCGGCGACAACGGGUUGUUUAGUUAAAGAAUAUCUUCUUCGACGGAAAACUGCUUCAGAUGAUUUUGUAGAUGUUCGUGUGGCAGUUGUAGGAAAUGUGGAUGCAGGCAAAUCUACUUUACUUGGUGUACUGACUCAUGGUGAAUUGGACAAUGGUCGUGGUUUAGCUCGUUUACGUUUAUUACGUCAUAAACAUGAAGCGGAAUCUGGACGUACUAGUUCAGUGGCACAUGAUAUAUUGGGUUUUAGUUCACUUGGUCAAGUAGUCAAUAAACCUGUACAUGGUCAUUUGAAUUGGUCUGAAAUUUGUGAAGCUUCAGCCAAAGUAAUCACAUUCAUUGAUUUAGCUGGUCAUGAACGUUAUUUAAAAACAACCAUAUUUGGUAUGACUGGUCAUGCACCAGAUUAUGUUAUGUUUAUGGUUGGUGCUAAUGCUGGUGUUAUUGGUAUGGCUAAAGAACAUUUAGGUCUGGCAUUAGCUUUAUGUGUGCCAGUAUUUGUUGUAGUUACAAAAAUUGAUAUGUGCCCACCAAAUGUACUACAUGAAACAAUGAAUUUGUUAUUUCGUAUAUUAAAAUCACCUGGUUGUCGAAAAAUUCCAGCAUUGAUAUCAUCAACGGAUGAUGUUAUUUGUUGUGCAACAAAUUUCACUUCAGAACGUAUGUGUCCAAUAUUUCCAGUUUCAAAUGUAAAUGGUACAAAUUUAGAUUUAUUAAAAUUAUUUCUUAAUUUAUUACCAUCAAGAUCUGAGCCACGAUUAAAUGAAUUAGCACAUUUUCAAAUUGAUGAAAUAUUCUCUGUACAAGGUGUUGGUACAAUUAUCUCUGGUACAUGUUUAUCUGGUAUUAUUAAAUUAAAUGAUAUUUUAUUACUUGGUCCUGAUUUAUCUGGACAAUUUAAUCCAAUUUCAAUUAAAAGUAUACAACGUAAACGUUUAUCAGUGAAUUAUGUACGUGGUGGACAAACUGCAUCAUUUGCAUUGAAAAAAUUACGACGUAAUCAAGUUCGUAAAGGUAUGGUAUUGUUAGCGCCAGAAUUGAAACCGAAAGCAUGUAUUGAAUUUAUUGCUGAAGUAUUAAUUUUACAUCAUCCUACAACUAUAUCAGUUGGUUAUCAAGCUAUGGUUCAUGCAGGUCCUGUACGUCAAACUGCAACAAUAUUAAAAUUAAAUUCACAUGAACGUUUAAGAACCGGUGAUAAAGAUAUGGUUGUAUUUCGUUUUAUUAAAUCUCCUGAAUAUUUAUAUACUGGUCUACGUUUAAUAUUUCGUGAAGGUAAAACAAAAGCUGUUGGUACUGUUAAGGAACUAGUUCCAUAUUCUGCUUCAAUUCAACAAAAUCCACGUGCUAAACUACUUAAAAGAUAUGUUAUUAGUAGGACAAACCAACCGAUGAAUAAUACUGGGACGGAUGAGAUAAAGGCGUCAAGUAAUACAUCAUCACUCCCUAAAUCAGCCGAGUAUACCAGUACUACUACUAAUACUAUUAGUCAACCAGAUACUGCUGAAUUGCCUAAUAUUCCUGUUUCUGAUUUAUUAACUAGUGAUAAUCUUAAUGCAUCGGCUAAUUCAAGACAACGUAAAUAUCAUCAUCAUCGUACACGUAAAGAUAUUACUGAAUAAAUGAGACAAAAAUUUAACUCUAAACGCUGCCACUGUGUUCAAAUUGAAACGAAUAUUAUCAUCGACAAGUUUAAUAUUCAUCUUUCAAAUCAAAAUACAUUUCGUUUGCUUCUGUGUGUUUUAAAACAAUCAUUUUUCACUUUUCCUAACGUUUUCAUCGUUAAUUAAUCCAUACAUAGAAAGUAUCUUAUUCUUAUUCCGUAACAAUUAUUACCACUACCAUAUCCCACUCUUCUUUUUUUCUUUUUCUAAAUUAACUACUUAUAUAUGAAAAGAGUAGUUAGUUUAUCUAUGCUAAUCUUUUGAAAUACAUUACGUGAUCAUGUCGAAUCUUUGUUGCAUUGACCAAAUAUUCGUUUAGGUUGGUUACUAUUCACUACCUACUUUUCUUACUCAAUACUUUGUAGGUUUACAGUUUUCCCUAUCGUUUUUUUUUCUUUCCCCUAGUUCCCAUUGCGAAACAAAUGUUUUGUCACGUGAUAAGUACUAUUUUUUAUACCGCACUGUCUUUGCAGAGAAAAUAACUAUUCGUUAUUCCUAUUGAUCCAACGUGAUCACCAAUCACUGUGUGUUUAUUUUCAUGACUUUUCACCCCCAUGUCACUUUUAAACCUUGUUUUUUUUCUUCAAAAGAAAUAAGGGAUUAUCUUGUUGUAUUUCCACCUUUUAUUGUUUCUGUGUACAUAUGUAAAGAAUUGAAAAGUUCUUGCAUAAAUAUAUUUAAUGCAAUUCA